CCGCCGGUUGUUAACGUGCAGGACGGGAAUAGGGUCUCGCCGCGAAACCCCGCCACACGGCGUAGAAUCGAUACGAUGUACAGCACGCCGGUGAUCUCCGUUGGAGGUGGUGGUGGAUGCGGUGGAGCAGGAGGAGCAGAUGGUUUUUACAGGUACCAUAACUAUUAUUUUCCGCAGCAGAGCGAGGAGGGGACUCUAAUGGCAUUGACUGUCCCCGAGAUGAUUGUCACCACGACGAUCGCCAGUUUGGAGGAGGCCACCACAUCCGAUGGUGCUGCCAAGAAGAUCCGGAAGCCAUAUACAAUUACAAAGUCAAGGGAGAGUUGGACGGAGGAAGAGCAUAAGAAGUUUCUCGAUGCUAUACUGCUUUAUGAUCGUGAUUGGAAAAAGAUAGAAUCAUUUGUUGGCUCAAAGACAGUAAUCCAGAUUAGGAGCCAUGCACAGAAAUACUUUCAGAAAGUUCAAAAGAAUGGAACAACAGAUCAUGUUCCUCCUCCUCGACCCAAGCGCAAAGCUUCUCAUCCAUAUCCUCAUAAAGCUACUAAAAAUGCUCAAAAUGUGUCUCAACCUACAAAUUCAAUUCAAAGUUCUUCGUGUCUGCUCGAACAGGGGUCUGCUCUCAGAUCAGAUUCUGCAAUCCCUCUUAGAAAUUCUGCUUCAAGUGGAACACUUAUUUCCUGGGAUUACAGUUCUAGUCAGCCAGUUAAUGUAUCCCAAACGAGAAAAGACUAUGUCGGGCCUUCACAAGCUAUAAUGAAUCAUGGCAGCAACUCUGAAAGCAGUCGAAGUAUAUACAAAAACUGUGAAGCAGCUGAUCAUAGGAAUCAUGUCUCAUCCCUUCAUACUAUGCCAGACUUUGGUCAAGUGUACAGCUUUAUUGGUUGUCUUAUUGAUCCAUGCAUGAGUGGCAACCUGCCGAAGCUGAAGGAAAUGAAUCCCGUUGAUGUUGAAACAGUAUUAGUGCUGAUGAGAAAUCUCUCCAUCAAUCUAUCAAGCCCUGAUUUUGAGGACCAAAGACGACAGCUAUCUUCAUAUGGCGUUUCUUGAAGGAAAAGGGGACAUUGGUGCUCCGAAAUACAAUCAAUUCUUAUGAGGAUGUUAACAUUCCUUUCAUGGUUUGCUCUAUUCAUCGGUGCCUUCUUUGAAGGUUUCUGCUGCCGCCCGCCACAGCAUAUAUCCUCUGAUGAAGAUGAAGAGCUGCUCCGCCAUUGAUUUAGAGAUUGGCUAAUCUACAAAAAUAGGGUCCUCUAAUCUCCCAAUAAAUUGAUUGCAUUUAAUCCUAUACUCGUCUGUCGUCUCAAUACCCACCUUUUAAGGGAAAAAAAUUGUGUACAUAAGAUGUACGCAGAGUUGCGUACGUCUGUAACCUGCAAACAUGUUACAGGGAGGAUUUUGGGAGGUUAUAACCGCGUUAUACCCCUUGUAACCUACCUAUUAUAACCUCCUAAAAUUCUCCUUGUAACCUAUUUGCAGGUUACAGACGAACGCAGCUCUGCGUAGAUCUUAU